ACAGCCUGAGCACACAGCUGGGUGUGAGAGACAGAGAAAGAGAGAGACAGAGAGAGAGAGAAACAGACCGAGACCCCACAACAACAACAACACUAAAACUCCUGCGAAAACUUCACUCCUGCGACCGCGACUGCAGCUCUUGUCCCCAGGCCGCCCGCUCAGCCUCUCCACCACAGCGCACGGAAGAGACCCCCCCGCGGAGCACCAGGAGAGCGCCAUCCCCUCUGCCCGUUCCCCGUUCUCCAGCCAUGACGACGAGCGCGUUCCUGCGGUUACUGGCCCUGGGCCUGGCGCUGCUGCUCCUGCCCGUGACGGGGCAGACCCUGCGGGACCCGCGCAAGAGGCCGCCGCCCGCACAGAAGGCCGGCGCUAAGGGCCAGUGCUGCGAGGACGUGCGGGCGCUGAAGGUGCAGGUGGCCAACCUCAGCAGCCUGCUGGAGGAGCUGACCCGGAAGCAGGACACCGUGGUGCGGCAGCUGAUGGACCUGGACAACCAGAACCGGGUCCAGGAGGCCCGCGUCACCGAGGCCGAGAGCAAGUACUCCGAGAUCAACAACCGCGUGGACAUCAUCCAGCUGCAGGCCUCGCAGUCCCUCACCCAGACCACCUCAGAUGCCAUCUACGACUGCGCAUCGCUGUACAGCAGGAACUAUAAGAUCUCUGGAGAGUACAAGCUGCCCGCCGACGGGUUCCUGGGUACGCCGGAAAUGGAGGUGUUCUGUGACAUGGACACGGACGGAGGCGGCUGGACGGUCAUCCAGAGGCGCAAGGUGGGCCUGACGUCCUUCGACCGCGACUGGAAGCAGUACAGGAAGGGCUUCGGCGCCGUGCGGGGGGACUUCUGGCUCGGCAACGACAACCUCUUCCGCCUGACCCGGCAGCCCACCGCGCUGAGGAUCGAGCUGGAGGACUGGGAAGGUCAUGUUCGCUAUGCAGAGUACAAGUACUUCAGCCUCAGCGACGAUGCCAACAGCUACAAGCUGUUCAUCUCCGGCUACAGCGGAAACGCAGGCCAGGACUCCCUGCGCUACCACAACAACACCAACUUCAGCACCAAGAACAAGGACAACGACAAGUGCGUGGACGACUGCGCCCAGCUGCGCAAAGGGGGCUACUGGUACAACUGCUGCACCGACUCCAACCUGAACGGCGUGUUCUACCGCCACGGAGAGCACACCAGCCACACGGACGGCAUCACCUGGUACGGCUGGCACGGGCCCAACUACUCCCUCAAGCGCGUGGAGAUGAAGAUCCGGCCCCACAGCUUUCAACCGUAGAGACCCUGGAGGACUGGGAGGGGUCUCCGGGAGGUCUCGCGGCUUCCCGAAAACACAAAACAACCAAAGUGGCACGCGCCUUUUCCAUAUCUGGGAACACUCUGAUAGUUUAGGAUUUUUUUUUUUUUUUUUUUAUGUUUUGUUUUUGUUUUUUGUUUUUUGUGGAAUAUUUCUUCUGAACAAAUCUGUGCUGUAUUAUGUUUGUUUGUAAAUUGUAGUUGAAUUGAAAUAUUUAUCUUUUGAAAUAUGUUUGUUCGGCUGUUCAGAACAAAAAAAGGUCAACCAGCAAGACCACUGUUUGGUGAACAUUAACACAAUCAAAACCAUUUCAAUGAACCUGAAAUAGAGGAGCAAUUCUCCCUUAAAGGUUCAGAUUUUACCUUUUUACAGUACAGUUCAUUUUUUGUCUGCUUCAACUGAAAUAGAUAGUCCUAAGAAAUAAUCAAAAUAUAUCAGGUUCACAUAAACAACAACCGCAGAAUGCAGUGUGGCGUAUGAUGUAACCAUGUACACUCUACGUAAUAAUCCAAAACCAUAAACUCUAGAUUACUAACGGACUGUAGCUUUGUUUAUAACUGAAAAGGGAACAACCACAGGGUUCUAUUUGCAACCUAUCAGGAGUGGAUUUUUAUUUGACUUUAUUUAAGAUUUUUUAUUGUGAAACACACUAAAUGCAAAUAUGUUUUUUGUCCAUGUAAUUUGUCCUUUGUAAUUUGUAAAAUGUGUACAGGUCUGUAUGGUAUUAUUCUGUUCAAAUAAAACUUUGUAUUUUUAAGAAAA